UAUUAAUUCCCACCUAUCUCUCUCUUAUCACUAUCCCAUCACUUUUAUCCCAUCUCUCUCCCCAUUUUCAAGUUCUCCAUGGCCAGAUUCCUUCCCCUUUUCAAGACAAAGACAGACAAAAAAGGAGGCUCCGGCUCAGGGAAGAAUCAGCACGUGACCUCCCUUGCUUAUUCCAUCAGCUCCGUCUCCGCCCUUUUCCACCGCCGUGCUACCCUCGGACAACUUCGCAAAUCAGUCGUUGCCACCAUCAUUGAACCAGCUACUUGCGAUAGGGGUCGAAUCGUAGAAGCUACGGGAGAUGUUGCUGUCCGACAGAGACCAGACGAAAACAUAUGGGGACUCUUGAUGUCCAUUGGGCGUGUUCAGAUGAAGAUAGUCAAGAUACAAGUUUUCAAGGAAGGAGAUGAGUAUAUUGGCCUCAUUCAAGAAAAGUGCACCAAAGUUAGGAUAUUUCAGAAGAGUAGAAACGGAAGUAUUUUUGUAAUGGUAAAACUGAAGUGUAGAAAAUUAGAAAUUGGGCAGGGGAGAUUGGGACGAAGUAUAAUUAUCAUUCAUUUGGAAAAUCAUUGGUUUUGUUUUGAUUUGAAAAGUACGUAUGUACUUUGUGCAGCACUUAUAAAAGAAAGGGCAGAAUGGUAAAAUGAUUUUUUAUCCCUACACUUCCUUAAUUCUCUUAUCGGUCAAAGUUUGCAUCUCAAUUCGGGACGGAGGGAGUACUAUCUUUG